UCUGGGCUCUGAAGGCUUUAACUCUGGGACUCACAGAUGGGAUGUGGAGGUUGGCAACAGUACAACCUGGUCUCUCGGUAUGGCUGCAGAAUCUGUCAAGAGGAAAGGGAAAAUAGAGUCUGGAAUAUGGAGAAUAAGAUUCUCUAAUGGUGAAUAUAAAGCCUUCUCCCCAUCAGCCAAACCAAUUGUUCUCACAGUGAAGGAGAAGCUUCAGCAGAUCAGAGUUCGUGUGGACAUAGACAGAGGAACGCUGUCCUUCUCUGAUCUCAAUACUAAAGCACACAUACACACCUUCACACACACUUUCACUGAGAAGCUCUUUCCAUUAAUGUACAAUAAAGAUGAGUUCCCAAUUAAGAUUCUACCAGAGGUGGAUGAGGAUGAUGACGAUGACAGUGAAGAUGGAGACAGUGAUGGUGAUGGUGAUGCUGCGGAUUUGACUUGA